CUGUUCCGGGUUUUCUCUCUCCCUCAGCCCCGGACUCUACCUGCUCUUCCCCGGGCCAGCGCCGAGUGUUUCUGAGCCCUGCCGCCCUGUGAGGAGGUGGAUAGGAGAGUUAGGGACCGAGGAUCGUGGGGAGAGCAAUUCAAACAAGAGGCUAUUGGAAUAUGAGGUGCUUUUCUUCUGCUUUGGUCUUCGUGACAAAAUAAUGGUGCAGUCUUUUCAGUAAAGUCUGAAGGAACCCCUUCAUUUCCUGCUUUUGACUGUUAAACUGUCCAUCUUACUUGGAAGAAGUUUCCACACUCUGAUUUGCUUGUACCUGCCUGAUGCCUGCAAGCGUUCCAUUUCUUGAAUAAAUCACCAAUUGUGCUGCCAACAGUGAUUGCUUUAUGCUGUAGAUAUGGCCCCAAAACCAAGUAGCUCCACAAAGGCCGAGGAAACCUCUGUCAGGGUGGCAGUCCGAAUCAGACCUCUGUUACCUAAAGAAAUUCUACGUGGACAUCAGUCUUGUGUCCAUGUCGACCUCAAUGCACAGCAGAUUACACUGGGACGUAACCGACAUUUCCAAUUUGAUAUAAUCUUCGACCAGACUGCCAGUCAGGAUGAGAUAUACAACAGUUGUGUGGAGCCACUGGUUGAGGCUUUCUUUGAGGGAUUCAAUGCCACCGUGUUUGCCUAUGGACAGACUGGAUCAGGCAAAACGUAUACCAUUGGAGAGACUUACAUACCUUCUGUUAAUGAUGAUGACGAGGGCAUAAUUCCCCGUGCUUUGGCAGAGAUCUUUAAGCUGAUUGAUGAGAAUGAUGCAGUGGAUCACACCAUUAAGGUGUCAUACCUAGAGGUUUACAAGGAAGAAUUCAGAGACUUACUGGAGGUGGAAACGGCAAGCAAGGACAUUUGUACUCGAGAGGAUGACAAAGGAAACACAGUGCUCUGUGGUGUCAAGGAAUGCGAAGUGGAAGGGUUGGAUGAAGCUUUGAGCUUACUCGAGAUUGGUAACACUGCCAAGCAUACUGGGACAACAGAGGUCAACACGCACUCCAGCCGCUCUCACACCAUUUUCACAGUUACCAUGGAACAGAGACGAGCACUUGGUCGGACCACACGACUUGCUGCCACUGCUGGAGACCUGCUGAGUCCCACACAGGUGAUAACUUCUAAGUUUCACUUUGUAGACUUAGCAGGCUCAGAGCGAAUUGUGAAGACGGGCAACACUGGUGAACGCCUGAAAGAAUCCAUUCAGAUCAACAGCGGAUUGUUGGCAUUGGGCAAUGUCAUCAGUGCCCUGGGUGAUCCAAGGAGAAAGAGUUCACAUAUUCCUUAUCGGGAUUCCAAGAUUACCAGGAUCCUCAAAGACUCGCUUGGUGGUAAUGCAAAGACACUGAUGAUUGCCUGUAUAAGUCCCUCUUCAUUCAACUUUGAUGAAAAUUUAAACUCUUUAAAUUAUGCCAAAAGAACUCAGAACAUUAAAAACCGGGCGGUGAUAAACUUCAAAAAAGAUGUGGAUUGUACCAAUGAGCUAGAACUUCAAAUCAAGACUCUUCAUGAAGCUAUGGAGCACACUCAACAAGUGUCACCGAACAAAUGCUUCAGGCAAUUGCCUGAGAAGUACAUGGCCCGAUUGCAUGCUGAGAGCUCCCAUUAUCGGAAUUACACGGAUGCUGCAUACCGAAUUUUUAUGGAGUUGCAGGGAGACAGGAACCUCACGGUGGAUCAGGUGCUAAAAGUGAAAGAGUGGAUAACAAAUGUGGAAGAGAUGCGGAGUGAGCUCUCCACUGCCUCUGGCCUCGACAGUGGUAUUGAGUGCAAUUCAACUGAUGAACGCAAGACUAGAGGUGCAUCUAAGCAACAGGGUCCCAGUGAAGUUGGCCAGGACCCUGAGCAAGAACAGAAGCAGCUUGUUCCAAAACUGCAGGCAAAGGUUCAGCGGCUGGAGGAAGAGAACAGAGAUUUCUUGGCAGCCCUCGAGGAUGCCAUGGAGCGGUUUAAACAGCAGAAUGAAACGUUAUUGGACCAGGAGGACCAGAUUGUUGAAUUACAAAGUAGACUGAAGCUAGUAGGAGGGAAUCAGUCUGCCGUGUUGGUGGAUGAGGUCGUAGAGAGCCUGCAGCUUGCUGAUCUCAGUUGCAGGCCUUACACAGCCCCUCAUCUUUGCAGGUUGAAUGUGCCACGUUCCAGUCACAUUCUCAAUAAUGAAACUAGAAGAACUUAUUCCAAGAAGAUUUCUGCAAAUGCCUCUUCCACAGAACAUGCAGGUAUUGCACUUCGCAGCCAUGGGCAGUGCCUGCAGCAAAGCAUGGAGGACAGAGAUUCUGUGUUUCACAGAGACUGCUACAAAGAUUGUGGAUCAACGGUGUUGCAAUCUGAUGAUGAACCAGAGGAGGAUGAUUUUUGUGGGAGUCUAGAAAAAAACAGAAAUCAGAUCAAUCGGACCUGGACGAAAAGAGAUAUGCCUGGAAUGAUCAGCAGAAACAACCUUAGCCAGCUCCGAGACAGUGAUUCGAGCAGUUUGCAAAGUGAAGUUACAAAACCUCCCUACAGGAGCGGUGACCAAGACGGGGCCCACUCACUGCCAUUCUGUGACGAAUUCAGGAAAUGUUUCCCUGUGAACUAUCCCAAGAUGAAGAACUCUGAGUGGAGACUCACCCAAGCACAGCACAAGAUGCGGGAGCUGGCCAUCAAUAUCCGCAUGAAGGAAGAAUUGAUCAAAGAACUCAUCAAAACAGGGAGAGAUGCCCAAGCAAUGAAUAAACAGUACUUUCAGAAGAUUCAAGAGCUGGAGCAGGAGGCAGAAAAGGCAAAAGCAGAGCUGACAGAGGCUCAGAAACAGCUCCAGGAUUUUGAAGAGAAAGAGCCCAAGGACCCUGUGGAAAGGGCCAGGCUUCAGGAGUAUCACAAAAAAAUUGUUGCAGCACGAAGCAAAGUGCAGGUGCUCAAGCAAAAGAAGCGGGUCACAGAGCAACUGGUGUCACUGUCAUCACAGAGUGAGCGGCGAAUCCAUAAGAUGGAGAGAAAUGUACAGCUGAUGAAGCAGCAACAGGCAUUGUUGCAGAGAAAGCUGAAAGAGGAAAUGGAUCAGAAAAGACGACUUGAGACAGAAAUACAAAAAGGAAAACAUCGAGUGAAGGAGCUAGAAAUAAAACAUAAACAACAGCAACAAAUUCUAAAGAUUAAAACUGAAGAGAUUGCAGCUUUCCAAAGGAAGAGGAGGAGUGGCAGCAAUGGAUCCGUGGUCAGCCUCGAAGAGCAGCAGAAAAUUGAAGAGCAGAAGAGGUGGUUAGACACAGAGAUUGAGAAGGUUCUCGAACAACGGAAGGCUCUGGAUGACCUGGAAGAGGAGUUGAACAAACGAGAGAUCAUUGUAGAAAAGAAGGAGGCCUUGUUGCAGGAGAAGAAUGGGCUGGAGAGCAAGAGGCUGAGGUCCAGCCAGGCACUGAAUAACGACAUUGUGAGAGUGUCGAGCCGCAUUGAAUCUCUGGAGAAGGAGCUGUCUGAGAAGAAUGGGCAGUUGCGUAAUGGCAGUGCCUGUGACCAACAGGAAAUCCGGGAGGAGAUUUCUGACUUACGGCACGAGAAGGAUCAGAUGAUGAAACAGCGCACUGAACUAGAUGAGAAACUACGGAUGGGAAACCUGUUGUCUGCAGAGGAAGAGAGGAUCCUUUUUCAGCUGGAUGAAGCUAUUGAAGCACUUGAUGCUGCAAUUGAGUACAAGAACGAGACAAUCACACGUCGGCAGAGGGUGCUGCGAGUGUCUGCCAGCAUGCUAUCCCAGUGUGAAAUGAACCUGAUGGCAAAACUGAGCUAUCUCUCAGCAUCUGAAACUAGAGCACUCCUCUGCAAGUAUUUUGACAAGGUGGUAACACUUCGAGAAGAGGAGCGCAAGAUGCAACUGGCAUUCAUGGAAUUGGAGAUGCGUGCUGAGGAGCAGCAAAAGCUUGUUUACUGGCUGGAGGCAGCAGUUGAGCGCCAACGCCUCGAGACAGAUCGUCGCCUUACUCUCCAGCAGAAGGAACACGAGCAAAACCUGCAACUCCUGCUCCAGCACUGUCGAGGACAAAUGGAUGAAGGAAUUGCUGGGAGUCAGAGGCAGUACGAGGGCUGGAUUCAGAUGCUGGAGAAGGAACUUAUCUGGUUCAAACAAGCCAACCAUGAACUGAACAUGAAAUUGCGAGAACUGUCUAGUUAUCUCACGAAUCAGCCAGCAGAGCAAAGCAAAUAUCUCGGACUUGUUGGGAGGCCUCCGGCCACUGUUGAUCGAAUACCAGCGCGAGCUGGAAGAGAAGAAAAUGGGAAUAAUAUUCUACCAGAUCAAACAUCUGUGUUGUCAGCUACUCUGGAGCAUGUUCCCAAACCUAAAGAGGAGCUCAGAGAUCUGAUCCAUGCACCUCUGCCACCCACUUGGCGAAGGUCAUCCCUUCCUACAGAAGAUCAGUCUGGACUUGAUGAACUGAGACUACGGGACUCAGUGGAACAUCGAGUGGUGCAGCCUGCAGAGGGUGCUAUGCACUGGAGUUUUGCACCUAUGCAGAAAUCUCAAAAAACAUUCAGACAAACAAGUUUCAAUUCAAACAUUUCUUACUUCAAUUCUGGGAUAAUUGAUGUCCGAAAAAAUCCAGUGGGAUAGCUGAACGGCACAGAACAUUGAAGACAACUCGCAUUGAAGAAAAGCAUUUUUAUUCCGAAAAUUGCUACAAAGCAGUUCAUAUUGAACAGGAAAACAGUUUAGAGCAGAAAUUUGGAGAGCGAUGGAAAUAUAAACUUGUUUCUGUUCACUUUUUGAGAACACAGAAUCAAAAAAACGUAUGAUUAUUGCAGUAAGCCUGAAGCCAGAGGGCAGAAGCACAGUAGAAUGAGUGAUCGAAGAUAACACUGGUGACUAAUUCCGCUAUCAGGAGAUGAACUGAGCAAGCAUACUAAUAGAGCUCUGGUUUAGAUCUGAUUGCUGUUCUUACAGGGAAGGAUAUAAGUCAUCUCAAAAUUUUUUUUAAAAAAAGUAUGCCUUUGCUUUUGUAUGUGACUUUUGAUUGUGUUUCUAAACGUUGUGCAUAUCCUAUAUUUGAGUGUGUUUUAUUUUAAUAUGAAUAAAGUUGAGGAAAGGUGGAAAUUUGUAAUACUUUUGUUCACUUUGCUGUUUAAAGCCCACUUUAUGUGUCCACAUUUGAUGUAGAUGUCAUUUCAUAAUACUUUAAUUCCUGGUUUCGAAAGAUUUCCUUACAGUUAUCACCCAAAAGCUGGUUGUUAUAAUAACAAAUAUGCUGCUAAAACUAUAUAUUAUCCUUGGUUACAUAUUGAGGUGACAGAUUUCAACAGGGAGCAAGUCAUGUGUGUAUAAAACACCAAAUUUGCAAUUGUUGCAAAGUAGACAAACACUUGGCUACGUGCUGAGAGUCCAGCAAUCCAAUUCACUGAGUAUUUUUCAGAAAAAUUAGUUACAUAUUGAUUUCCUAGUGUCUUGCAAUAAAUGUUGGUUAAAUUCUGUUAUGGGUAAAGAUAGUUGUGGAAUUAAGCAUUGACCUUUUGCCUUUAGCAUAUGGAUUAAAAUCUAGAUAUUUGGUUGUGAAAGCAGUUAUUUUGGAGGUGAGACCAGACGAAACCUAAAGGAAUAUCAGCCUUAUAUUUAUACAACUUCAAAACCUUUAUGUAGCUAAGACAAAAUUAUUGUUUACAAGAUUGAGCAUGUAACCUUUGAAUGUCACAGGCCGUAUACACGUCAAA